ACGUAUGGGGUUUUAGUGAAUGAUAGUUCUGAUAGGUUUACAGUUGGAGGUACAUGUAACCUUGCAUAGACCCAUGAAUACUAUAGAACCCUGACCAUAGCCCAAAAUAAAAGCUACCGGUGGUCUUACCUACACUUUCUGUUUUGUUCUUCCUAAGUGAUAAGACGUACUUUUAAAAGUCAUUGUUAAAGCUAGUAAUGGGCCGCGAUAUGUUGUUGGCUGUCGACGCAGUUUACAAAGCAGUAAAUUAAAGCCAGGCACUAGAGUUGCAUUGGACAUGACCACAUUGACAAUUAUGCGCCAAUUACCACGCGAAGUCGACCCACUAGUCCAUAAUAUGUCUGCAGAAGACCCAGGUUCUGUAUCUUAUGCUUCCGUUGGUGGUCUGGCUGAUCAAAUUCGUGAACUCAGAGAAGUAAUUGAACUCCCGCUUAUGAAUCCAGAAUUAUUCCAUAGAGUUGGUAUAACCCCUCCCAAAGGAUGCCUUCUUUAUGGUCCACCGGGGACUGGGAAAACUCUUCUAGCACGCGCUGUAGCAUCACAACUUGAUGUUAACUUUCUAAAGGUUGUAUCCAGUGGUAUUGUUGACAAGUAUAUUGGUGAGUCAGCUCGUCUUAUUCGAGAAAUGUUCAAUUAUGCACGAGAUCAUCAACCCUGCAUUAUUUUUAUGGAUGAGAUUGAUGCAAUCGGCGGUCGUCGUUUCACUGAAGGUACAAGUGCUGAUCGUGAAAUUCAACGUACUUUAAUGGAAUUAUUAAAUCAGAUGGAUGGUUUUGAUGCACUUGGUCAGGUUAAAAUGAUCAUGGCAACUAAUCGUCCGGAUACCCUUGACCCGGCUCUACUUAGACCUGGACGUUUAGAUCGUAAAAUUGAAAUUCCUCUGCCUAAUGAACAAGCUCGAAUGGAUGUACUAAAGAUACAUGCAGCUCCAAUAGCCAAACAUGGUGAAAUAGGUAAAGUGUCAUUUUCUUGAUUUCUCGUUCUUGUAUUGUUUAUAUUAAUUCUCUAUUUGUCAAAUUAUAAAAAAUACUCUAGGUUAUGCCAUAAAUACCUAUAUAUUUCCUUAUCCUUACUGUGCUUAUAACUAGAGAGAGUUUUCUGAUUGGUCACGAAAUCGCUCAAGGUACUUUUGUCAAUACCAGUUAAUUAUAAAUAGUAUAGUUAUGAUAUACAAAUUUCACAAUGGGUAUUACUCCAGGAGUAUUAACAUGGUACUUUUUGACUGCCAUUCAAAUAUCACUGAGUUUAACCUCGAGACAUGAUAAUUUACGUUCUGGUGGUCCAUUGAUAUCAAUUAGUGUCAUCAAUUUUGCUUUAAUUUAACCAAGUCUGAUUAGCUAAUACGUGUAGAUAACACUCAAAGACACAGAAGAUUAAUUACUGUUAUAACGCUCGGUUUUCUACGUCUACACGAAUAUCUACAUUAGAUUCCUUCCCAGUGUCUAUUCUACAGGACUUCAACACAACUCAGAUCAAGAGCACGUGAUUAGCCUAACUAGUACGUAAGUAUAUUUCCACACCAAAAAACUGACAACUGAAUAUAUAACUCAUCUAACGCCUGUCAAACCAUUUACAAGUUUGACUAAGCAAACAACCACUCAUUAUCUUUCUCGCUCACACAGUUACUGAUUUACUAACUCAAUUUAAACUUCUAAUCCAUGGUUAUUCUCCAUACCUGUUUUACGCGAAUCUAACUUUACUGCAUAAAUCUUUAAAUAAAAACGAAACCAAAUUAAAAAAUAAUAAUAUGACGUCCAUUUCACAUAGCAUCACAUAAACACCGAAUAGAGAGUACUAGAAUGUGCAUCAUGAAAACGAAAAACAAAAAAAGGGUAGUGGCUAGCAAUGGAAUCGAGGACACGCGUUUCGUCCUAUUUGGGACUCGUCGGCUGGAUGUACUCGCAUCCCAGAGUUGAUGUUCACUCCUGGGUUCGAACUCAUUACCAUUCACUUCGAACGCCAUCGCGUUAUCCACUUAG